AAGAAGAGAAAUUAUUUUAUUUUCUUCUUCUAUUCGUUUAACGAUUUAUUUGAAAUCGUUAUUGUUAAUUUUUGAUCAUUGUGAGAUUAUCCUCUUCGUAAAUAAGUGUCAAUCAUGUUGUCCUGGGACUUGUCAACCAUCGUCAUGAUAAUGACAACCAUCACUUUGGUUUACACUAAUGGUGCUUCCAUUGAUUUUGAUUCAACCGAUUACGAUGGGCUUUCGGAAAACGAAGAAAAAUCUUCCAACGACAAAGAAUUGUCCAUUUCGCACGAGGUUCGCUGUUAUUGCAAUCAACCGGAUUGCGUACCACAAGGAUACAUGUGCCGUGGUAAAAGUUGCUUCACCGAAAUACGCCCGAACGUUGGAUCACCCUUAUUAAGCACGGAACAUAUUACGUAUAGCGGUUGUUUCGAUCAAAAUUUCAAGGAACCGCAAUGUCCAGCAGGAUUUAUAUGUUGCGAACAGGAUCUUUGUAAUCACGUAGACAGUCCUGAAAUGAGGAAUACGCUUAACAAGACUAUACAAAUGAUAUUGGAUGAACAACGAGCGUAUCUAGGACCAGUACAACCAACCGGACACGGAAGUCAAUCUUCGGAUAACUGGUUUAAAACCGCGACGAUAGCCGUUCCAAUAGGUGGAAUCAUUGCUCUGUUGAUCUUGGCCAGUCUUGCAAUCAGAUUUCUAAAGCCAGUACCUCUGCAAAGCGACAAACUCGGAGGUCACAGAACGGCAGAUAACGGGCCACCAUUACUGGGACCAGCUAAAGUGCCUCUCGUUUAAAAUAAGAAGAAAAAUUAUACAAGAAAAUAAACAACAUGACGAAGAAGAAGAAGAAGAAGAAGACAACAACAAGAAAAAACAAACAAUGAAUUUCAUUUUGCGAUCCAAAGACACUUGUUUAUAUAUAUAUAUAAAAAUCGCUUAACCUAAAGCGAAUUUAAUUAAUUAAGUAACUAUAACAUAUAUUUACAUAUGUAAGAAGCUAGCGAGCUAUACUUGGCUCUACUUGGCUGUGAAUCCUUUCAUGGGAAGCGUCUUUUUAAUUGUAAAUUAUGAUUGAUCAUACACACCGUUACUCGACCCCCAACCUCUCCCACCCUGCCCCCUGAUCCUCUUACCGUCGCAUUUUUUUAUAUAAAUACGCCUGAAAAGGCACGAUUAUUUUGUAAAGUAGAUAAAAAAUUGAAAAAGGGAGAGAGAGAGGGAGCGAGGAGAUUAAAAAAGAGAGAGAGAAUGUGUAUGAUAGUGAGAAAUGGAAACGUUUGAAGUUACAUAUUGUAACAAGAUGAACAUUUUCGGUAGCGUUAGAUGACAAACUUGUAAAUAGAAGAUUAAUUUAGUAACAUUACUUCGCUAUUGAUUAGCUAUCAUGAAAUAAUCUUUGAAAUAAUGCAUAUAUGUGUAUAAUAUUGAGCUAUGCAACAAUGCGAUAGAAAAUAUUUGAGAAAGCUCGGUCUUUCGAUAUAAAAAUAAAUAAAUAAAAAUGAACAACUCGGGUUUAUUGCUGCUGCUGUUGUUGUUUGUUGAGAUGUUGUUACGAGUAAAAAAUAACGAUGAGAUUGUAAUUUUACGAUUGUGCCUUUUUGUGUAACAAAAAAUGGAAGAACAAAAAUAUAAAACGGGAAGAUAAUACGAUAGACGUGAAAGACAGAAAACAACGGAAACGAUGGAUACUUGCCGAUAUAAACUAGCCGAGAAGAAAAAACAAUACAAUACAUACUGGCAUUUUUGCAACGUCCGAUCAUUGAUCGUACAACGCGUAUUUACCGGACAUAUUUCUAUAUGUAUUCCAUUAUAAACAUUUAUAUUGUGAUAUAGUAUGACUUAAUAUUAUUAUGUAAAGUUAUUAUUAUUAGACAGACCUGUAAUAUUGCGCGAGUUUCAUCGCAUUAUUUCAUCGUGAUUCAAAUUAUUACAUCACACAAACUCGCGAAAGGGAUUAUUAAUAAUAAUAAUAAUAAUAAUAAUAAUAAUAAUUAUAAUAAUAAUAACUCGAUAUAUGAAAGAAAUGAA